AUGUUCCACAAAAUGGUUCCAACGUGUAAUUUUGCCAGACGAAUGUAUUCAGCAGCUGCUGGAAAAGUUAAAGCACAGAAGUAUGUCCUUACAAAGUAUUUUCAAGGGGAACCGAAGAAAUCUGAUUUCAAAAUUGUCGAAGAGGAACUUCCGGAGUUAAAAGAAGGGGAAGUACUGGCGGAGACUGAAUAUAUAAGUGUAGACCCAUACAUGAUGAUAUACAUGAAUAGCCGUAAACUACCUACGGAUAUGAUCGGUGGACAAGUAGCAAAAAUUAUAUCGAGUCGGAACCAAAAAUAUCCUGUUGGGAAAUACGUAUCAGGAUAUUUCGGAUGGCGCACACAUGCUAUUCUUAACCCUGAUGCCCGUAUUACUCAACCUGGUUUUGUACCAGUCACAGUUGUGCCUGAUUUAGGAACACAUUCUGUUUCCCUCAGUUUAGGAGUCCUCGGUAUGCCAGGAAAUACAGCAUACUUCGGUAUAAGAGAGAUUAUUAAGCCUAAACCUGGUCAGACAAUUGUAAUUUCUGGCGCAGGUGGUGAUGUUGGAUCACAUGUGGGACAAAUUGGCAAAAUAGUGGGUUGUCACGUUGUUGGCUUUGCGGGAAAUGAUGAAAAAUGUGAAUAUUUAGAAAAAGAACUAGGCUUUGAUCGCGCUUUUAACUAUAAAACCGUCGACAUCAGAGCUGCUCUUAGAGAUAGUUGUCCUAAAAAAGUGGAUUGUUACUUUGAUAACGUGGGCGGUGAAAUUAGUGCAACCAUAAUGGAUCACAUGAACAAAUAUGGAAGAGUCGGUGUCUGUGGCACUAUUUCAUCGUACAGUGAGGAGACACUACCAAAAGUAACGAUUAUGCAACCAGUAAUCGUUUCCAAGGAAUUGACAGUAGAAGGAUUUAACGUAAACCGUUGGACCGAUCGGUGGAAUGAAGGAAUCCUAAAGAAUUUGAACUGGCUUAAUGAAGGAAAAUUAAAGUAUCACGAGAAAGUGUACCAUGGUUUUGACAACAUGGUAGAUGCUUUCGUGGGUAUGCUGAGAGGAGAUAAUAUAGGGAAGGCUGUCGUUAAAGUUAAAUAA